AUGAAUUUUGUCGUCCGUCCACCGUCCAUUUCUGCUACCCCUAGCCCGCCUUCCAACAUCAGGAGUCGAACUAGGGCUCGACCACCACUGCCAAUCGGUCCACGCAAACCUAGCGGUCCUGGUCAACCGCUUGGGUCAUUUGUACCCUGGAUCAGGGAGCGUGGCGGAUCUGUGUCAUCUGUGGGCAGUGGCUAUGCUCAUGGUUCCGGAUCAGGCUACGCAUGGCGCAAACUGACUGCCGCUGCUUCGACACCGGCGCCGAAAUUCCACACACCACCCCCGAGGUGGCGAGGGAUGACCUUGGAGGCGGCUCAGUGGACGCUUACGCGGCAUGAGCUUCAAACGAUCGUCUCAAGAGCCAUCAAGCAGUCUGCGGAAGCCUCAUCAAUACGUCUUCUCAGGACAGAGACGUUGGAUGUAGACAUUCCUGAGGAAGUCCAUCGCCUCGAGAUGCAGCAUACCGACGUUAAAAUGAAGUACAAGAUGCUCGUGCGCAAGCGGUGGCAGCUUAUGGGCACUCUCGCUGGACAUCUGGAUGGUCCAGACAUGUGCGAUUCUAUGACUGCUGUACGCACCGUGGAGGAGCUUUCUGAGGUCUCCAUUACUCUUGACCGGCUCACUGACGAGCUCCAUACUAUUGUCGAGCAGCUAGGUCAACUGAAAAGUUUACACGUUGUACACUCUGCGAGCGCACUUGCCAUAGCUUUGAGGAAAGUCAAUUCGCUCUUCCUUAAACAGGUCUCCGAAUCCCAGAAACUUCAAGAACAAAUGCACUCAAUGGAGGCUGAAAGAGAUGAGGCAUGGAAACAAGCAGAGGAUGUGGCCCAAGAUUUUGAUAAUCUUUCGGAUCAGGUUCUAGAGUGCCGCGGAGAGCAAGUUGAAGGAACGGCAGCGUUAAGGCCAUCAAGUAGGCGAUCUGCGCAGGUUUCGGCCUUUCGAAAGUCGAGCAUACGUCUGUCUAAAGCAGGCUUGCGCUCCAUCAGCAAAAGUCGAAGUCAGCGUUCUUCUGUCAGUAGCUCGGGUACGCGCACAAGCCUGGUGAUGUCGAUGUCUGCCACCUCAGACGACAUCCCUCCGGUGCCGCCGCUACCUUUACACGCACCGUUUGGCAUUGUCCCGUCAAACAUGUCUGGAUCCACUUCGAACACGUCAUUUUCUGGUGCUCGAGCCUUAGCGCAAGCUCAGAGAGAGUUGUACGAGAUGUUGGGCCUGCCCCCUCAAGAAACUCCUAGCGAGUCAUCUUCUAGGCCACGCUCUAUGUCUGGGUUGCUUGGUCCCAGAUGUGUGCCCCUUAGCACGAGACCAAUGUCCGACGUGAUCGUCAUACGACCUCGCGCCCGAGAAAAUAGAGCCAUACAUAGUGUCCUCUAUGACGACGUGUGCCUGUGA